GAACACUUCCUCCAUCACGUUGCAGCUGUGAUGUUACAAUUGAAAGUGUCACACUACAGCUUUGAGCAACGUCAGAAGAAUUGCGUGAGAACGAAUAUAAAAUCUCACGAUUAACUGCGAGACUUGGUUGUCUCUAAACAUUUUGGCCGGUCUAAAGAGCGACAUCCGAUGGGGGGGACGACACUCGGAGAUGCACGGGUCAAGUGAAGGGGUCCUACACUUGGAUGAACUGGAGGAGGAGAGAGCACAACGAGGCUGUCAUGUAAGCCGUCUCCUCUGGGGCCACCUCUCGGUGCAUGCUGCUUCCUGCCUCAGGUAGAAGCCUCAGUGUUUCUGCUGCUGAGGCGUCAGGCUGUUCGCUAUCCUCUCCUUCUAGCUGAGAAAGCAACAGAGCCACUCUUAAAGCACUAAAAUGGAGAAGAGCUGCUCAGAGUGCUCAGUGCCCACACUUGCACACAGCCUGUGUACACUCUGCAACAAGUGGUUGUGUUAUCAGUGCACAGAUGUGCAUCAGCAUCAGAGAGCCCCUACCACUUCCCAGUUCACAGACAUGCACCAGCAGCAGAGGCCCGGUGCCACCCAGUGCUCUGACCUGCACCAGAGAGGCUCCAGCUCCCUGCCUCCGACCGGACAAGGCCCGGGGUCGUAUCCUUGUUCCCUCCUCAUGUGCCACUCUCACAGACAGGAGCCCUUGGAGCUGUUUUGUGAGUCAUGUGACCUUCUGUGCUGUAGCAGCUGUCACCUGUCCUCCCACAAAAACCACAGGGUGGUGCAGAUCGGGAAGGCCCUCCAGGACCAGCAGUGGCUGUUUGAAAGCCUGGUGGUGCAGGUGGAUGAGAGGAGGUCUGCGGUGGAGAACAAUGCUAAGCACAUAGAGGACAGACUUCAUGGAGUAAAGAUUGCACACAGGAAGGCAGAGAACCAGAUUAAAAUGGCAAAGAUGAUAAUGAUGAACGAGCUUAACAAACGAGCCAACCUAUUAAUAGAGCAACUGGAGAAAAUCUCAGAGGACUUCCAGCAGCGUCUGGAAGACCAGCUGCAGGGAGCAAUAGAGAUAUGUGGCCAGCUGGACCAUGUUCAGAAGUUCAUCACCUGGGCUACGACCCACCACUGCAGAGGCCCGGUGCUCUUCAGUAGGGCUCUGAUUUCUCUCCAGAUGCAGCAACUGCUUGAGUCGUCACUCCAAUCAGACUCUUGGAGUCCUGUUAAGAUUAAAUUGAACUGGGAUGCUAGUUACUGGACUAAGCAGAUUUCCUCAUUAGGCCAGCUGACUGUUGAAGGGGGAAACUGCCCUUAUCCUCAGGGCUUGGCCUGCUCCAACAUUCUCAGGCCUCAACCCAUCCCCUGCUUGUCUCUGCCGUCCGUGUGUCACAGAGGACGAGAGCCAGGCUGCGGGUACCAGAGCUGCUGUGAGCCCCAAAUGUGUUGCCUGCACAGCGUUCCCUCUCAGCCUGAUAUGUCCAGCCUGGAAAAAAGCCAGCUGGAAGCCACGCUUUAUAGAUCCAGCUGUGUUCAGCCUGCCCUUAUCUCUGCCUCCUUGCACCAGAGCCAGCAGCUCCAGAAGUGCUGGGACAGAGAGAGCUCCGCACACUGUCCCCCCGCAUCUUCCCUUGCCCCAAUCACAGGACCUAUCAACUGCAGUCGAGGAUCUACAUCCCAGCCGCAAGCUGCCGCCUCUCAGCUCCAGUCUCAAAAUAAAUCUUAUCUCUACCGCCAACAACAGCGAGAAGUUCUUCCAGACAGCCAGACUCAGCCGAGUGCAGAUCGUAGCAGGCCAGGCCAACGUCAGAGGAAGUUGUCCACCAGCAAGGCUCUGCAGCAGCAUCUCGGCCACACAGCCGCAGAGAGAGACGUGUUGACUGAAGAAGACUGGGAGGAGAGAGGCAGAGUGGAGGAGGCUGGUGGACAAACAACAGCAGUUGAAAGCAGAGAGCUGCUGGAUGUGGAGCAACAGGACAGGAGGGAGCAGAGUCCGGUCCAACAGCAGCUGCAGCUCCAGGGUCCUCCAGUAGCAGAGCUGAGGAGAGAGCUGCUGAGAAACAGACCUGCAUUGAGACUCAAAGACCACAGAGACGGCAGGAGCUCCACAUCCCUGGAGGUGUCGCUGACAGCCCAUGAGUGUUUAUCAGAUGUGCAGAGCAGCAGACUCAGCCCUACUUUAGGGUGCAUGAGGAGGGAAAGACGCUCCCAGAGCAUCCCUGCAGAACUGGCAGCCCCGUCUAUCAGCCCUCACACUGAAAGGCCCACAGGAUGCACUCACGGACUACAGGCAGGAACUGCAACUAAGUAUGUCAGUAUGGAUCCCAGGCAGAGGAGAGCUUCAGAUGGGGUGCUUUGUGUUGUGAAGGAAACGUCGCCUCACACAGCGCCCUCCAGAGGACACCGGUCUCCUCUACUGUCCUAUAAGACAGAGCCAGAUCAUUCCUUUACUUGUGUAAAUGAAGAGAUUGAUUAUGAGGCCAAAGGGAAAACCAGAGAGACAAGAAACGGCCAAAACAGUAACAGAGAUGUUCAAAAGGACUCAGGAAAGCCCAGGGUCCCAGUGGUUUGCCUCGAGCGUCUCAAAAUACUCGUGUCUCAACUCCCCCUACAUGGACGACGGCAGAGCGACCCCUUACCUGCCAGCCGCACGGAGAAGAGGGAAACCCUGAGAACCUGGCAAGAUGCAGCACCUGAAGGGAUAUCUGGAGGCUCUGAGACCACCAGGGCCCCCGACUCUAUCACAGCGUCACCAUAUGCACAGCGUCAUCAGUCUACCGCACACUUGACCACCAGUGAGUUUGAAAGCCGAGGAAAAAUCAGCUGUGGUAAAGCAUCCACGCCUCUAUCUGCUGAGCCUGAAUAUGUGCCACAGAUUUUCUCUUCAUUGGACCUGGACUCUGAAUCUGAUCCCAGAUCAGCUUCAGAAGAUGCAGUUAUUUCCAGGGCCGAUCCAGACUCACAGAGUCUAGACUCAGAUGCAACACCGGAUUCAAAUGCAGAGUCUUCAUCUGAGGCUGAACUUGAAUGUCUUGCUGAAGGGAAGUCAGCGGGAGAGAUUGAGCUCUGUGAUGAUAAUGGUAUUGCAGGGGAUUCAGAGCCAAGUCUUGAGUAUGAGGCAGACCCAGAAUCAGAUCCAGCAGGAGGAUCAGAGGAUGGCCAAGGGCUGGAGGAGGAUGCAGUAUCAGGUGAUGCUGGGCUAGAGUCAGACGUCCAGCCUGACUAUGAUCACAGUUUUCAGGCAGAGACUGACUCUGAGGCUGUAUCCGAUCAGCCUGUAGACUCUCAGGGCUCUGCGGAGUCUGAACUUGACUUAGAGUCUGAACCGGAGCUCACAACCGACGACCCUCAGCCACUUCGCUCUGACCUGGAAGAAGAGUCCGACAUUGGAUCUGCUCAGAGGACACUUCUGAUGGCAAACCCUGACGAUCAGAUAUGCUCUGACGAAGUCCAGUCUGACCUCGACAAUGCAGAGAUGGAGAGCGAGGACUUCUGUGCCGUGUGUCUGAUUGGAGGGGACCUGCUGUGCUGUGACCACUGUCCAAAAGUUUUUCAUCUGUCUUGCCACAUCCCAUCUCUGCUAAGCUUCCCCUCAGGUGACUGGGUGUGCAGCCUGUGCAGGGACGUGGUCACACCUGAGGUUGAGUAUGACUGUGAGAAUGAGAGAACAUCUGGAGAACCCACAUCAGCACAUGGAUUGCCUGCCUGUGACCAGAGAAAAUGUGAGCGGCUGACCCUUCUGAUCCUCAGUAACAUCCUGAGCGCUCCCUUCCAUGAGCCCGUCAGUCCACUUGCUCGUCAUUACUACCAGAUCAUCAAGAGGCCCAUGGACCUGUCUGUGAUCAGGGCCAAACUCAACAAGAGGAAUACUCGUCAUUUUAACUCACCAGAACAGUUUGUUGCUGAUGUGUAUCUCAUGUUCCGCAACUGUGCAAAGUUCAAUUAUCCUGACUCUGAGGUGGCCCAAGCAGGCUGCAGCCUCGAGGCGUUCUUCACUUCCAAGCUGAAAGAAGUUUAUCCGGACAAAGUUUUCCUCAUGGCUGAGGCAGAUUCUGACAGUGAUGAGUACGAUGAGGCCUACAGGACCGCAGAGAGUGGCUUCCCCUGGCCAGAGCGGAGAGAGCAAUGCCACAGGAAGAGAAAGAGGAGACACUCUCUCAAGUCCAGGAGACAAAACUUCUAACUAGAGGUGAAUGAAAUGCAACCAUGGACACAAAUAAGCUGUAUAUCUGGGUAAUUAUACUGUUUUUUAUUUAGUAGUCUGUGGGGCCGUGACGUUGUCUGUAAUCUAUUUGUGGUUGGCUAUAAUAUCACAGUUCUGCUAUCGGAUGGCUGCUGAACACACUGAAACAAUACUAUUUGAAAUACCACCUAAUGCUAGAGCAAUUAUUAUCCCUUCAGACUUCAACUAUUGAUAAUGAAUUAUGUUGUGUCUGCAUUUAUUGUUUGAACAUCAGCCAAAUGUAAAAUUAGUUUCCAAUAAAGAAAAAUGAUAGAAAGAAGACCAAUAAGAGCAGUACAGGGAGUAAAAACGGAUUAAAAUCUGUUUCAGUUACAUGCUAUAUGCUAAACAUUAGCGUUUGAUGGCUUGCUUCUGCAAUGUCUUAGAUGAUGCUGUAACACUUAGUAAUACUGCUGUAAUACUAUAGUGUUAUAUUUUUCCUGUUCGUGAUUUACUUCUGCUGCGCUUAGCAUUUCAUUUAUGAUUCAGAACUCAUAAAAUCACAUAACUGAUGUUAUAUACUAUAUUUUACAAGGAUGAUGAUGAGUGUGGAUGUUUUUUUGUAUCUCACUUUGCAUCCCUAUUUGUUUUUUUCUUAGUGAGCAUAGCUUUGAUUAUACACAGCACUUUGAACCUUUGCUAUGGGUAAAUACUUAUUUACCAUAUUCUUAAAUGCCCUACAUAUUUAUACAUGUUUAAUUGUAUGCAACUUUAUUUUACUAUAUUUGACAUUUUAACAACAUAAUGGUUGCAGGCAAUUAUCCCAGGUUUGAUUAUUGAUAUAGUUAUGCAUCUCAGUAGCUUUUUAAAAAAAGCAGCAGUGACCAUUGUAGACUUUUUCUUUUUGACCAGAUUGAUGCAGAAUGUGAGUGAUUAAUGGCACUAUAACCAGUGUUAGAGCUCAUGUGUGUUAGAGGAUUUAACAUCCAGAUGAAACAACCCAAGACAUUUACAUUUUUUCUUAAUGGAAUUAAGUUUGUGUAUAAAUUAUGUAAGCGUAAUGUUUUGAUGUGUUUCAGCAAAAUGUUGUUCCUCUUUAUUAUCUGAAUAUCUCAGGCUUAAUUAGAGAGUCUGUCAUUCAUAUCAUUCAGUAUUAAUGACUGUUUCUAGAGCCACACUGUUGAGAGAAAACACAUUUUAUAAUACACACUGUUGUAGAGCAUUUCCUGUUAUUAAGUUAAGUUUACUUCCUGCAGUUAGAUUUUAGUUGACGUUAAGAUGAAUUACUGCACACAUUAUUGUCUGUACACUCCUUGGUCAUUGUCAGGGAGUAAUAAGAAAAGGAGUAAUACAGUAUAUAGUAUGUGGUAUUACUUCCUUUUAAAUCAAUACAUGUAAUAAUAUUUCCUAUUAUAUAAGGGAAGACUGAUAACAUAAAGUUAAUGUCACUGUUGUCAAAUGUUUUUCUUCCUUUUUUACUGUAACAGUCAACUAUAAAUGCAACAUAUAUUAUUAUCAAUAAAAUUAAUUCAAGUGAAAAUAUAUUUGAUUAAUAUUUUCCUCUCUGCUAUUGGACAUCAUUAUAUUUUUUCAGGAGAAAAACAAAUGGUAAAGAAACAGUUUUAUUAUUUACAGCACCACAUUGUACUUUUAAUAUCUAUCUUUUGUAUACAACCAGAACUCAACAGAAUUGAAGCCAUUUGAAGUUGGACUUACAGGUUUGGCACGAGGUUUUGUCAGCUUCUACCCCAAAUAUCCACAGAAGCAAUAUCAUACAAAUGGUUUAGGAUUGUAUUUACCCUUUAUUUACUUUGAGAGGUGACACAUCUCCAGUAGUUCAAUAAGAUGUGAUAAAAUCUGACAUGUUCCUUCAGAUCAUAAAUGCAUUUCAGAACUAUUUGUUUAUAUUAAAGUCUUUCAAUUUGGAUUUGAUUUUUCCAUUACUCAAAAGAGACCAAGCAGGUUUAAGAUUGUGAAUAAAACAUGAUUUUUGGCUCAAA